UUCAUCAUUCCGGGUGGCGCGCAUCAUCCCAGCGUCGCUUCCACUGUGACUUUAAGAGCCAUUUUUAUGUAAAUAUAUAUAAAUAGCUUCUUAUUCCGACGCAUUGUAACAAACUGCAAACAUACGGCCAAAAAGUCAACGUUAAACAAAGGGAUCCACGUACAGAAAGGCUCUGUUUAUUUCCCGUCAAUAUGGUGAAGAUCAGCUUUCAACCCAUCACAGGACAAAAAGACGAGAGAGAUGGAGACAAGACGCAAAUGUUCAUCCCGCAUCCCGCAAACUCACCGCAUGUGGAAGAGGAACUGGUUCUGCCUGUGGGACGGAAGCGCUCAUCUCUGAGUGGACUCUGCUGUCUGACAACUGCACUCAUUGUCUUUACCUGCAGUCUGAUAUAUGCUUCAAUAUAUAUCUACCGAUACUACAUCAUUCCUCAGGUUCCAGAUCAAAGUCGCUUCCACUGCCGUGUGGUGUAUGAGGAUUCUGUGUCUGCUCCGCUGCGAGGGUCCCAGGAACUGGAGGAGAAAGUAGAGAUUUACUUGAAAGAAAAUUACGAGCAAAUCAGUGUCCCCGUGCCCGACUUCAGCAACACAGACCCUGCUAAUAUCAUUCAUGACUUCCACAGGGGUCUGACGGCAUACCAUGACAUCGCCUUGGACAAGUGUUACGUCAUUGAACUCAACACCACUGUAGUUAUGCCCCCACGUAACCUCUGGGAACUUCUGGUCAACGUCAAGAAAGGUACUUAUCUCCCACAGACGUACAUUGUCCAAGAAGAGAUGAUUGUGACGGGCCGUGUUAAUAACAUUCAUCAGCUCGGUCGGUUUAUUUAUCGUCUGUGUAAUGGUAAAGAUACGUACAGGCUCCGUCGUCGCACCUCACGCCGUCGUAUCUCCAAGCGCGAUGCACAGAACUGUCACCACAUACGUCACUUUGAAAACACAUUUGUGGUGGAGACGGUCAUCUGUGAGAACCCAUAGGCUGCCUGUCCCUCGCCCCUCCCGUUCCUGACGAGAUCACAUUGUUGGUCUGAGUAGCCACUCCCCUUUGAACAUCACACUCUUGACCUCUUACCCUGCUUGUCUUUAAACCUCCUUUAUUCUUUCGUUUUGUAUUGUAACUCUGGACGUAAUCUUUAAGUCCAUUACAAACGUUCUGUAACUGUUAACCAAACCUUUUGUUUCUGCAUAUUUGCAAUAAUAAUCACAUUCAAUGGGAUGUAUCUUAAAUGCUUAUCACUGUAGCAUCUUGAAGUCGUUUCUGCAUCACUAGCGAAAAAAGUAAAAGUACAAAAUUACGAACAGAUUGUAGCAUACAAAAAUACACAUCAUUGUUCGAGAAAGUUCAAGCAAACAUUUUCGUUUGGUGGUGCGAAAACAUCUUCACAAUUAUGAGGAAAAAAAUGGGCAUUAAGCUCAGGGUGUGUGCGUAUGUGUGUGUGUUUUCACGUAUGCCUGCAUGCUCAUACAGUAUAUGUGUGACUAGUUGCUUGUAGUCCAUCAAUUGCCUCUUUGCUCUCAUAUACAGUAUAUUUUGUUGGAUCUCAUGUAUAGGGAUGCACCGAAAUUUGAGCCCUCAGACGUAACCCGGGAAAUUUCAUGAAAAUAUCUCAGAAUUUGUCUUCAUUUACAUUUUUUGAAAUAUUUUAACUUUAAGUCCAUAUAUAUGAGUCAUUUUGAAGGUAAGAUGCUCUUUUUAAAACGGCAUUCUGGCCCAACAUGUCCAGAAUUGUUUUAUUUUGGUGCAUCUCUACUCAUGGAUAUUAUAAGUGAUCCUAAUGGCAGUUAAAGCGUCUGGUUAACAUUUGUGGUUACAUAUUUCUUUGCUUGCUUUCACAAUUUCGUAUCCAGUCCUUCGUCAAUAAUGUAACUAUAUUGGUCUACACUUACUUCCUGUGACACUUCCUCUAUUCUACUCUUUCUCAGCAUGCUUUUUAAGAGAGCAAACGCUUUUUUGAGGAUUGUCAUAUGAACGAAGCCUUAGGCCAGACUCAUGCCCUGGACUAAAGUACACUCAAAAGCUUUUUGUUUAUGUGUGUGUGUGUGUAUCAAAGUUAACAAAUCCUGUUCGGUUAAGUAAAGCGAACAUGUAAAUAAACCAAUAAGUGUGUCACAAA